AGAGUCAGAGACAGACAGUAAGAGUGUGAGAGAGGGAACCGACAAAGGAGGGUGGGCAGGCUCAUUUGGCCGCUGCGGGGCUGCGUAGCAGAAGCAACGCAGCACUCUCCGGUGGCACACACUUGCACCAGCACAGACCCAGCAGCCGAGUCCUGGACCACCGGCCAUGGCACAAGCCGCCAAACACCUGCGUAAGAACAAGGAUUUAGAGGCUCUUGCUGAGCAAGAGAGGAAAGAAAAGGAGGAGGAGAGAGUGAAGAAGAGGAGUCGCUCACGGGACAAAAAGCGCAAGGCCCACGCUGUUCACCGCUGGCUAAUCGAUCAGGACAAUAGUGUGAACUCUGAGCCGCCGGAUGGCCAGGGAGUGUGGCACUAUGAUGAAACAACUGAUGCUGCUACCAGUUUCCUACGUGCUGCCCGCUCAGGUAACCUGGAAAAGGCUCUUGACCAUAUCAAGAACGGUGUCGAUAUCAACACAGCCAAUCAGAAUGGACUCAAUGGGUUACAUUUGGCCUCAAAAGAAGGCCAUGUUAAAAUGGUGCUGGAACUACUGCACAACGGCAUUGUACUGGAGACCACAACAAAGAAAGGCAACACUGCCCUCCACAUUGCUGCGUUGGCUGGACAAGAGCAAGUGGUCACAGAACUGGUUAACUAUGGAGCUAAUGUCAAUGCCCAGUCCCAGAAGGGCUUCACUCCACUCUACAUGGCAGCACAAGAGAAUCAUCUAGAGGUCGUGAAGUUCCUCUUGGACAACGGAGCCAAUCAGAGCAUUCCAACUGAGGACGGCUUUACGCCAUUAGCUGUGGCUCUUCAGCAGGGUCAUGAGAAUGUAGUGGCUCUGCUUAUCAAUCAUGGCACCAAGGGAAAGGUUCGCCUCCCUGCGCUGCACAUAGCAGCACGCAACGAUGACACCCGCACUGCCGCUGUGCUUCUGCAGAAUGACCCCAAUCCUGAUGUACUAAGCAAGACAGGCUUCACACCGCUCCACAUUGCAGCACACUAUGAGAAUGUGAACAUUGCCCAGCUGCUGAUAAACAGAGGAGCCAAUGUGAACUUCACUCCCAAGAAUGGAAUUACACCUCUGCAUAUUGCAUCCAGAAGGGGGAACGUGGUCAUGGUCAGGCUUCUGCUAGACCGUGGAGCAACAAUUGAUGCCAAGACUAAAGAUGAGCUGACUCCACUUCACUGUGCUGCCAGAAAUGGUCAUGUUAGGAUCAUUGAGAUCCUGCUGGACCAAGGAGCCCCCAUACAAGCCAAGACCAAAAAUGGUCUCUCCCCGAUCCACAUGGCGGCUCAGGGGGAUCACAUGGACUGUGUGCGACAGCUCUUGCAGUAUAACGCUGAGAUUGAUGACAUAACACUAGACCACCUGACACCCCUACAUGUGGCAGCACACUGUGGGCACCACCGCAUGGCCAAAGUGCUGCUGGACAAAGGAGCCAAGCCGAACACCCGUGCACUGAAUGGCUUCACACCUCUCCACAUAGCCUGUAAGAAGAAUCACAUCCGUGUAAUGGACCUACUACUAAAACACUCAGCCUCACUGGAAGCUGUGACCGAGUCGGGGCUAACCCCACUUCAUGUGGCCUCCUUCAUGGGUCAUUUGAACAUAGUGAAGAUCCUGCUGCAAAAAGGAGCCUCUCCAAAUGCCUCGAAUGUGAAAGUGGAAACGCCCCUGCACAUGGCAUCCCGAGCAGGUCACUGUGAAGUUGCCGAGUUUCUGCUGCAGAAUGCAGCUCCAGUGGAUGCCAAAGCCAAGGAUGACCAGACCCCGUUGCACUGCGCUGCCCGCAUGGGCCACAAAGAACUAGUGAAGCUCCUGCUGGAGCACAAGGCCAAUCCAAAUUCUACCACCAUGGCUGGACACACUCCACUGCACAUCGCUGCCAGGGAGGGGCACACACAGACGGCCCGGAUCCUCCUUGACAUGAAUGCCCAGCAGACCAAGAUGACGAAAAAAGGCUUCACUCCUCUCCAUAUGGCAGCAAAAUAUGGAAAGGUGGAUGUGGCAGAGUUGCUUCUAGAGAGAGGGGCAAACCCUAAUGCUGCAGGAAAGAAUGGACUCACGCCAUUGCAUGUAGCUGUCCAUCACAAUAACCUGGAUGUGGUUAACUUACUGGUUAGCAAGGGUGGAUCUCCACACAGCGCAGCGAGAAAUGGCUACACUCCCCUUCACAUUGCCUCCAAGCAGAACCAGUUGGAGGUGGCCAACAGUCUGCUGCAGCACGGAGCCUCUGCCAAUGCUGAAUCCUUACAGGGAAUCACACCACUGCACUUGGCUUCCCAGGAAGGUCAAGCUGACAUGGUCUCACUGCUCAUUUCCAAGCAGGCCAAUGUCAACCUGGGCAACAAGAGUGGCCUGACCCCACUUCACCUUGUUGCUCAAGAGGGCCAUGUGGGCAUUGCUGACAUCCUAGUGAAACAUGGAGCAUCUGUAUAUGCUGCCACACGGAUGGGCUACACUCCACUUCAUGUGGCUUGUCAUUAUGGCAACAUUAAAAUGGUUAAGUUCCUCCUGCAGCAGCAGGCAAAUGUCAACAGCAAGACAAGGGCGGGAUAUACACCCCUUCAUCAGGCUGCCCAACAGGGCCACACUGACAUUGUGACCUUGCUUCUGAAACAUGGUGCACAACCAAAUGAAAUUACUACCAAUGGCACUUCUGCACUGGCCAUUGCUAAACGUCUGGGCUAUAUUUCUGUCAUUGAUGUCCUUAAACUGAUUACAGAAGAAACAGUGACUAUGUCGACCACUGAAAAACAUCGAAUGAGUUUUCCUGAGACAGUCGAUGAGAUCCUGGAUGUGUCCGAGGAUGAAGGAGUUGCACAGCUAACGCUAGGCGAGGAGCUACUGGGAACAGAGAUUGCCAGGUAUUUGAGGACGGACGGCAUGAGGGACCAUGAUGACGAUUUCCUUUCCUCCAGGACAGGCACAGAGUAUGAGAGAGAGGGCUGCAAUAAUGUUGUUGGAAGUUAUUCAAAUGUGAUAAACUACUCACCUGCUGUACCGAGGAUCCCCUGUGUCUCUCCUGAAAACGUCAUGCUGAAAGAACAUGACAUGGAGCAGCAGCACACUCCUAUCCCAAUGCCCAAAGAGUAUGAUGAUGACUCUCUGAUUCCCAGCAGUCCAGCCACAGAGACCUCAGAUAAUGUCAGUCCAGUGGCCAGCCCCAUCCAUACUGGCUUCUUGGUGAGCUUCAUGGUGGAUGCACGAGGUGGUUCAAUGAGAGGAAGCAGACACAAUGGUCUGCGUGUUAUCAUACCACCACGAACAUGUGCAGCCCCAACACGUAUCACCUGCCGCCUGGUGAAGCCUCAGAAGCUCUCCACUCCACCUCCCCUGGUGGAGGGUGAGGGUUUAGCUAGUCGGAUCAUCUCACUGGGUCCAGCUGGCAUGCAGUUUUUGGGACCAGUGAUUGUGGAGAUCCCUCAUUUUGCAGCACUCGGUCGGGGAGACAGGGAACUGGUGGUCUUAAGGAGCGAGAAUGGCUCCGUCUGGAAGGAGCAUCGGAACCGUUAUGGUGAUGAAGUUUUGGAGACUAUCCUCAAUGGCAUGGAUGAAGAUUUAGAAAGCCAGGAGGAGCUUGGGAAGAAGCGUAUCAGGCGCAUCAUCUCCACUGAUUUCCCUCUCUACUUUGCUGUGGUCUCCCGAAUCCAACAAGAGAGCGACUUGAUUGGCCCCGAGGGCGGACGUCUGACCAGUAAAAUUCUGCCACAGGUUCAGGCCAGUUUCCCUGAGACGUCCGUCACCAAGCGGGUUCGCCUUGGACUGCAGGCCCAGCCGGUUCCUGAUGAGCUGGUGGCCAAGCUGCUGGGGAACCAGGCCACCUUCAGCCCCGUGGUGACUGUGGAGCCGAGGCGCCGUAAGUUCCACCGGCCCAUUGGCCUGCGCAUCCCACUGCCUCCAUCCUGGAGGGAGAGUCCACGAGAUUCGGGCGAGGGUGACACUACCAGCCUCCGACUGCUCUGCAGUGUCAUUGGUGGCACCGACCCAGCACAGUGGGAGGAUAUCACUGGUACAACCAAGCUUAUAUAUGCUAAUGACUGUGCCAAUUUCACCACCAAUGUGUCUGCACGUUUUUGGCUAGCAGACUGUCCACGGACUGCAGAAGCAGUUUCCUUUGCUAACCUGCUGUACCGUGAGCUGUCAGCUGUGCCAUACAUGGCUAAAUUUGUAGUGUUUGCGAAGAUGAAUGAGGCCCGAGAAGGUCGAUUGCGCUGCUACUGCAUGACUGAUGAUAAGAUGGACAAGACCCUAGAGCAACAUGAGAACUUCACUGAAGUGGCCCGGAGCAGAGACAUAGAGGUAAUGGAGGGCAUGCCAUUACACUUGGAGUGCUCAGGGAACUUGAUCCCCAUAAGGAAGGCUACUCAACAGCCCCGCUGCUUCAGCUUCCAAGCCUUCAGAGAUAACAGACUUCCUGUCUCUGUGAAGGUAAGAGACAGUAGUAAGGACCCCACUGGCUUCUUGUCCUUCUUACGCAAGUCUACCAAGUAUGAGGACAGUCAGCAAGUACUCUGCAACCUCAAUAUAACCAUGCCACCAUGCAUAAAGAUUGGAGGGGGUGAGGACAGACGGAGGACACUCACCCCUUUGGCCCUAAGAGAGAGAUACAGUGCUCUCAAUGAACCAACUGUAGCAUCAAUGAGCGCCAUGGAAAGGACGGAGUUAAAGAUGGCUUUAAUAGCUGAACAUCUGGGAUUAAGCUGGGCUGAGCUGGCCCGAGAACUCCAAUUCAAUGUGGAUGAAAUUAAUAGGAUUCGUGUGGAGAACCCCAAUUCCCUCCUGGAACAAAGUUCAACGCUGCUAAAUUUGUGGAUUAGCCGUGAAGGCAAGAGGGCCAAAAUGGAAAGCUUGUUCAUGGCACUGAAGAGCAUUGACCGAAUGGACAUUGUGAACAUGCUGGAAGGUCAACAAGGAAACCAGGAACAGGAAAGGCGCAGACACAGUGACCGAGAUCACCUCUCUCUUGGCAUACCAAAUGGUUAUGGACUGGUGGUUCAGGACGCGUUGGUCUCGCCAGCCUCAGUGCAACACAGCCUGGCCUCGCCAAUGGGGCUCGAGCCCUACUGGCAGGAAGUCUCUAGUAUGGACGGUGCUCCCAUAGCUACCACUGAAGAAGACACACUUAUGGAGAUGUCCGAGGUGCAGGUUUGGCCGUCAGGCAAAAGCCCAUGUCUGGUGGCCGUGGAGGACUCCUCGCUUGAGUGUAGCAACGCUGAGGACUCAGAGUGUCUGUCCUAUGGGAGUAUGGGCAGACCAGGCAGUGCCACACCAGGUACAGGACGCGGUCCCAUUGGCCUGAGCGGGUCCGUUGAGCUGCUAGAGGACCAGUCCAUUGGGGCAGACUCGGAAUACAGUGCUGCCACUCCAGGAACAGGGGUCAACAUCAAUGGGCUGGACGGAGGUCAAGGGUUGGAGACAGAUGAGAAGGCAGUGGAGGUUGCGGUUGGUGGAGGCAGGAAUGUUUCAGAAGGAGACACUGGAGGUUUGGGAGUAAGAGGUGACACAGGCUUAGUGGAAGGCUUGUCUGUCAUUGCAGGACAGCAGAGAGUUUAUGCUCGAAUGUGUGAGUCUCCUGGGCUAAGCCGAGUGGCUGAUCGCAACGGUGACAGGUCAAGUGGUGGUUCUUUCCUGUCCUACCUCCAAGAGCAGACUGGCCCUGGAUGGCAUCCCGUCCCAGAUCCCACUCAGAACUGGGCAGGAACCUCACAGCCAGCCAAUUUCAGACAGGCCAAGGAGUCCAUGAUGUCAUCAGUGAGAGCAGCAGUGGAUGGAGAUUUGAGCCAGUCCCACCUGUCCCAGGAAGCUUUGCUCCAACCAGUACGAGACAUGGGGCACUCAGAGAUCCUACGUGGUCAUUUUUGGGGAACUCAGCCUUUUGAGAAGGGCCUAGGCUUCCCCCACAGAGUACCAGACCUUCGAGGAUGGGAAGAUAUGCACCUCAGAGGACAAGGUGAUGAAGCUGUGGAUCUUCCUGGAGAGCAAGUGAGUGAGGAGCAGUUUACAGAUGAGCAUGGCAACAUCGUCACCAAAAAGGUGGUGAGGAAGGUGGUUCGGAGAGGAAAAGGUGAGGGUGAGAGUCAGGAGUUCAUUAUAGAUGGGCAACAGGAAGCUGAUGAGUUGGAUGCUGACACAGAGCAGUUCAUGGGCUAUGCUGUCCUUGGCCGGGAAAGCAAGCCGGAUGUUGUGGAUGUGAAGAAGGGAGGGGCUCAGAUAGUGAAAUGUGCCACUUUGCGGAGAGUAAAGCAGUGAGCGGCGCUCGUUCGGCCGUCCAGGUACAAGGACCUGUCUCCCGCACCCAAACCUUCUCUCAUAGACACAUGAUGAGCAUCGAGAACGGCAAGAAAUUGGAAAACCAGGCAAAGGACAUCAGUGCCAAUAGAUGGCUUUUAGGCUUCUUUAAAGCAAACCUGCAAUGAGAACUAGGCUAAAAGCAUGAUUUCAUAUAAAAAAUGAAACUUAGUAGAAAAAAAAAUCUUCCAAAAAAAAAGCAUCCAAAAAGUGCUUCCUGUAAUCCCUGUAUCAGCAUGCGAGAGUGCUGUCGCAUGGCCUGCCUUUACCUACACCACAGAAAGCAAAGGAUUAUGGGGCUCCUGGUGAUAUAAGGGGCAUGAAAUGAGGGAAGAGUUUGUGCAUAUGGGGUAUAACUGAACCCGGCGCUCAGCCCCGAACACUGUAUUUCAGAAACGUUGUGGUUAAUAACAUAUAUGCAAUAGCCGACACACACGUGUAGUCCCAUGACACAACGGUUCCCCCUCCAAAUCUCACUCUCAAAUUUUGAGUCUUCCAAUGUAUUAUUCGUUGUAGUUUAAAUCGGAAAAAAUCUUUCAAACACAAUCUCGCUUCACACCAGUUUUUCUUCCAGCACUGGUUUUGUGCAUAAUGCAGUAUAUGCACUGAGUAUUACAGUACAUGUGUGUGUUAUGUCUGUAUGUGUGGUUUUAUGUUACAGCUCGAAAAUGCAAGAGAAGAAAAAAAAAACCCUACUGUAUGCAAAGAUACUGCUGCUGAUAUACUUCUUCGCCUGUGCUUUUAUUUAGUCGGAUAUAACAAACAGCAUUAAUAACGUCAGUGUUAUUAUCAGUGUUACAUAAUGAUCAUGGUUUCUUCUUUUAUUUUUUAUUUUUCAUUUUUUCCCAUUGUUGUCUCUCCACUCAUGAGAAAAAACAGUAGGGCUUUUGGCCUUCAAUAGAUAUUUAUUUUUUUGCUUCUUCUAACUGUCAUCAGAGAUUUUCUAGGAAAUUUAUGACUUUAGACUUACUGAGGCACUAUUAAUCGCUUGUGGCGUAGUGAAUGUGACAGAAUGCCAGCCAUUUAUCAUUCAACACACACGCACAUAUACACACACACACACACCUGACUUUUACACUUGUGUUAAGUGCAAAUGUAGCAACCAAGUCUUCCAUUUUAAAUUAUCUCAGUAGCUCAGGUUUAGUUGUGCUGUGAGAGAGAGAAAGAGAGAGAGAGAGAGAUGCUGUGGCCAAAAUGAAUGAAAAGCUGUUAGGAGGCUGGAGUUAGUUUCUGCUUUUCCUUAUUCGCCUUUCAGAGUUAUUAUUUAACGUGGCAUAGACACUACAACCUCUUCAGAGACUCACCUCAGAUGUGGAGUGUGGAAAUGUGUGAAAUUUCAGGUUGUUAUAGCGAGUUAUAGCGUUGCUCUGAAAAUCUGGACUCAAGAUCCCACUUAAAUACCGCAAUAAGCAACACGAUGAAAGCAAUAGAUAUCAGGUUGCAAAAGUACUUUUUAUUUUUAAUAUAUUUGUUUCUUUAACUCUUACAAUUUGUGCAUGAACAGUUGUGAUUCUGAGAGAGAACAGAACAGAACAGAUCAGCAGAGUGGAAUUUCCUGAAGUUUCUCAGUCGGUGUGAAAAGCUUUAAUCGUGAUAUUAACAGAAACUGACUUGAGUUUGGUGUCACUGCUUCUGCAAUUAUGUGUCAUGCAUUUUGUUUAUUUUUAAGACAAAAUUUCAAAAGUGUGUGUUGCCUAGUUGAAAUUAAAGAAAGGCAAUUGGCGUUAAAGAGCCGUGUACUUUACUCACACUUGGAAAGCAAUAGACACAAGACAAAAAUGCACACACACCUAUUUUUCUUGUUAUGUUUUAUAUCAUUUAAUUUUGUUUUGGGUUUUUUUUGUUUUUUGUUUUUUUGCUGCAUGGUUUGACCAGCCAUGAUUAAGAGCGAUGAUGAGGUUAGAGGCUGACGUGAAUUUGCUACAAAACACAGGCGGAUUUAGUUUAAUGGUCUUAAAACACUGUGAUUAGACUGUAGCACUGUCCAAGCUGACCAACUUUCCCAAGUACACACAAACACACGUGACUGAUACUGAAACCUUCUGACUGUAGAAUAAAUCACGAGGUUACAUCUUUAAAGCAGGAAACACCAAAACAUGAUUUUCUCCAGUUCUCAUUUUUACAUUAUGAAUGUGUAGCUAUAUUCUUCCAUCUGUUUCCAUAUGUCACCAUGGUAACCUGUACUGCGCCCUUCUGAUAACACAAAAUGAAGCUACACACUUUCAAAAUUCGCUGAAUGAAUGAAUUUUAUUAUUAAUGCCCGCAUCUUAUGAUGUAAACAAAACAGUGUUUGAACAUUUUCCAGCACCAAGACACCAAUAACAGUUCAGAUCAAUGGUCCUAAAACCAGUAGAGUGUCUCAUUCACCUGCAUUCACAAUUAUUUGUAAAUUCUGAACAUGAAUUAUCAUCAGCCAAGCGAGCUGAAUCAGAUCAAUUGAAACAAACAAGUGAAUCCAGAUGAAGAAGCAUUCUUUGUAAUCAAAAUAUCUAUAACAUUCAGCUCAUAAAACUAAAAAGUCAUCCUCAAACCAUGCUAAUCCUAUGUCAUUAAACACAAAACAACUUUUUUACGUGUGUACAUAGUCUAGGGAAUUUUAGACAGAAAUGUGGUAUAAACAUAUCAUGGUGUAGAUCUGAAAUUAGUCAGUCGUCUGAAUAUUAUUAUUAAUAUUAUUAUUAUGCAAACAAUCCAGUGUUGUGUGGUAAUGUAGCAUCACCCAGAAACAGAAAUGAUGUCAGAAUAUAUGGAGUGUCGCUUGCGUUUAGCAUCAUACCUUAAAUCACGGAGCGUAUUUUCCUUUUAGUUAAAUGACAUUGCGUGACUGUGAGCUUAAGUGUUUGCAUGAUUGUGGGUCAGUUUGUUUUUUACAGCAUUUUCGGGAUCAGAAACAGGUUAUAGAAACAGACAUUGAGAUGCAGUAUAGUGAAGUGACACGAAAACCGAACUACACCAAAGUUUCCUCUUACACAACACGUAUAUGUCCUAUGACACUAACAGCUAUGCCAAAAAAAACACUGUUGGAUAAAUAUUCAUUCAAAUAUAGGCCUAAUACAAAGUUAGCCGCAAAGUUUAUUUGAUUUAUUUUACUUUAGAAACCCCAAGCAAGUACCGAACAGAUCAUGCGAAAUAGAACUUGUUGGAAACCGAAGUGAAAAGCAAAGUCAUCUGUGUAUGAACUGAUAAUGAGCAUUAUUUCCUACCAUUUUAAUAAGCAAUCACUUUAUCUAGAUCUGAAAGGUGUUUGUUUAAUACACUGAAAGUAUUUCAGCUGCAAAUGCUUCAUUCCAAAGUGUUAGAGACACAAACGGUGCUCAUCAUUCUUGUUAAAUCAUCGUUAGGAUCACGUACAGCAAGGCGCAUUCACUCUCUUUUAUUUUUGAAAUGUUUGAUUUAAUUUUUAUUUCUAUUUUAAAAGCUGAAUUGAUGUCUCAGAUGAAAAGGCCAUGAACCAGCAAUGUGCAAAAAUAUGAGCCACUUUUGAGAUUAUUCGCGUUGUCAUUUUGUAGUGUGGUAACAUGGUAUUUAUUCUCACUGUAUCGGUCCGUGGGCCUCUGUAGAGGAUCGGAUGCAGUUUGAAUGGCAGUUUUGUACUAGUGUUCAACUGCAUUGAUUGAUUAGGAGCUUGAGAAUUAUACAUCACCAGAAGCAACUCUAAAUGGUGCUUCCUUUUGUUUUCAUGAUGGUUAGUGGAACGGUGACCUGGGCUUUCGAAACUAGUCGACAUGUAAGAUUCGAAAUAUUUACUCCUUGUGUUCAGACAAGACUUCUCCUCGAAUUCAUUUCUCUGUCAUUAAAAAAAAGAAAAUGAAAAAAAAAAAUGAAAAAAACGAGUCGCAUGUGGAAAAGUUGGGCUUUUAGCAAAGUCCAAUCCAGUGUAAGCGAGGGGGAUUCCAAAUAAACUACACAGUUGGUUGAUGUCAUUGCAGUGAUGAAACCAGUUUAAUACAAAAAUGUUGCAAAAACUAGAAACACUUAUAAUCUUAACUUCUAGAGAACGGAUUAAAAUUAGUCACUCAAUAGCAUAUUAACCUUGAAAGGAAUGCGAACUGCACACAUGCACAGAAAAUGUUUUUUGAUAUAUACAAAAGAUAUAUAUAUAAUAUAUAUCCAUAUAUAUAUAUAUAUAUAUAUAUAUUUAAUUAGAAUGCUUUGCAAUUGCUAAUGGGGAUUUAUAACCAACUAUUGGGGAUUACAGAUCUAUUAUGGAUGCACUUAUAGCAACUGAGACUUCAGACGUAUGCCUGCAACCUGGGAAAUAAAGAGGCCUUGUGGGUCUUUUGAUUUAUUUUAUCUUGUUUUUAUUGCUGUUGAAAUGGGAAAACAAUAAAAUGGUACCUAUACACAGGUCUAUGGUUUGAACCGAUCUGACCUGAGAUACAUGUAUAGACGACUCACCCUGUACACCAGCUGAAAAAAAUGAAUAUUUACAGGAUUAAUAAAGAAAUGAUUACUCAC